GGUCCUGUUGACAGCUCCAAUGGUCAUAGUCUAAAAUUUGUUUCAACCUUGAUUCCCCAUUUCACCUUUAAAGGACAACAAUAUUUUUGCAAUACUGAGUUAUAUCUAAAAGUAGGUUCACCUUGGAAUAAAUGA